AUGUUGGAUCUUAUUUUUGUUGUUCGUAAUGUAAAACAGUGGCAUGCAGAAAAUUUAGAACUUAAUCCAGACCAUUAUGCUCAGCCCUUAAAGCUGUUUGGGCAUAGGGCAAUUGCUAAUGUACAAGAAAAUUGGGGUGCUAAAAUAUAUUAUAAUACAUUGGUUAAAAUGAUGGAAGGAUAUACUAUCAAAUAUGGAGUAAUUUCUGAAGUUUCAUUAAUAGAAGAUUUAUUAGAUUGGAAUGAUUUGUACUUGGCAGGAAGAUUACACAAACCAGUUAAAGUAUUGGUGGAGCCAAAUGGACAAUCUCAGCUGCCUACGGCUUUAGUGCAAAAUUUACAUUCAGCUGUGCAUGCAGCACUUUUACUGCUACCACAACACUUUACAGAAGUUGAUUUCUAUAAAACUAUAGCCGCUUUGUCUUAUAACGGCGAUUUUAGAAUGAUUUUUGGUGAAAACAAAGAUAAAAUCAAUAACAUUGUAUUGCCACAACUAAGACAGUUUAGACAGUUGUAUAGCCCAAUCUUACAGCAUUUUGAAAAUUAUGUGGAUAUUCCAAAGUUAGAUCAAAUGGCUGUCACCUGCCACCAAGAUACAAGUCCAGCUACAAAGAUACAUCACUUGAAUCAAUUACCUAGAACACCACAGAUUAAACUUGUUAGAUCAUGGUCACAGGGCCCAAGAUCGAAGGAUACAGAAGAUUGUUUACGUGCAAUUGCAUACGAUCCAGAAUGCGAUGAAAUGUUAGAAGAAUCCUUGAAAAAAAUAGUGUGGAGAUCCAGUGUUACACAAAGUUUGAAGGGGAUUUUCACUGCUGGGCUUGUGAAAUCUAUUAAGUAUAGCGGAUCAAAAAUAAUGAAGAUGUUCCAAUCAACUCCACAGAAUGAUAAUUCGCUUCCAAAAGCAAAGUCAAAUUAA